AUGUCGCGUCCGAGUCUUACAGUCACCCAUAUCACCACGGCCACUGCCAUUCUCAACAUUGAUGGCAUUACUUUUCUCACGGAUCCUUUUUUCGGGCCCGUCGAAGGGGCCGAGUACGAAAGCACAGCUACUUGGGAGAAAACGGACCUGAAACCAUUUGGUUUGGACAGUAUUCCACCACCACCACACUUGAUCAACAAGCAAGGCCCUGCCCUCCAGUUACAUGAUCUGCCGCCGAUCGACGCCAUCCUUUUAAGCCACGAAGACCAUAUCGAUAACUUGGAUCCAGAGGGCCGCAAAUUGCUGGAUGGCCGGCAGGUGUUCACUACUAUGGAUGGUGCAUCUAAUCUGCGUCCUCGCCCUGGAGUUGUUGGUCUUCGCCCCUGGCAAACCGUGACUGCAAACAUCGGAGGAAAGCUCUUUCGAAUCACUGGGACCCCUUGCAAACACUUCCCAGGCGGGGAGGUUACAGGAUUUGUUCUAGAGACUGAUUCCUUCGGAAUUGACGCCACUGGAAAGCGUAACGCAAUCUACUUUUCCGGCGACACAGUCUACAUCGACGAGCUCCGAGAGAUUGGAAAGAGGUGGCAUAUCACAGCUGCUCUCCUGAACCUGGGGAACGCCACCUUCCACUUCCCAACUGGACCUAUCCAGAUUACAAUGGACGGAAAACAGGCGGUUCAGCUUACCCGUGAUAUUGGUGCAGACGUCAUGAUCCCUAUCCAUUUUGAAUCAUGGGCCCAUUUUACUGAGGACCGGAAAGACUUGAUGAAGGUAUUCAGUGAGGAAGGUUUCAUGGAGAAAGUUGUGUGGACGGUUCCUGGUGUUCCUAAGCUUGUCUUUUAA